GAAGGAAAAUACACACUUCUCAAAUUCAACUCUAUUUUCAGAUUAAUUAACAAAUCUCUCUCUCUCUCUUCAGUCUUCCCCAAUUCCAUGGAGCCAAUCGAAGAUGCGAUUAAACAGCCAGCAUCAGAAUCAACUGCGGAAUCGCACCACGUAGCAGUUCCUCCGGGGCUGACACCGGAGGAGUUCGAGGAUCUCAAACCCGCGGUGGCGGAAUUCCACAAUUACAGGGUCAACGCCGGCCAAUGCUCCUCCAUACUGGCGCAGCGCGUCCAUGCGCCUCCGCAGGACGUCUGGUCCAUCGUCCGCCGCUUCGACAAGCCGCAGACGUACAAGCACUUCAUCAAGAGCUGCAGCGUGCGGGAGGGCUUCACCGUGCGCGUCGGCGAGCUGCGCGACGUCGCCGUCAUAUCGGGGCUGCCGGCGGCCACCAGCACCGAGCGCCUCGACAUCCUCGACGACGACCGGCGCGUGACCGGAUUCAGCAUCAUCGGCGGGGACCACCGCCUCAGGAACUACCGAUCGGUGACGUCCGUGCACGAGCUCCCCGGCGGAAACUCCACCAUCGUGCUGGAGUCGUACGCGGUGGACGUGCCGGAGGGGAACACGGAGGAGGACACGCGCCUCUUCGCCGACACGGUCGUGAAGCUCAACCUCCAGAAGCUCGCAUCCGUCGCCGAAGCUAGGGCUACAAUCGAUUGAAUUUACAGUAGCUAUCAACGAUCGAUCUGCACACAAUUUCUGCGAUUCGAAAUCUGGAAAUAAGAUUCGAAGAAAAAGGACUUAAUAUUGGGGUUUUUUGAGUCUUGUUUGGAACUAGUUCAUCUCUUUCUUUUGUUCAUUGAUUGCUGUGUGAAAUUUGAUUUUUGGUGGAUAUUGAUCAAUAAUUGGCGCUUCAAAAACUACUUUCUUCCAAAGGGGAAAAACAACAUUUGUAAUUGUAAUAUUGGCGAUUGGAGCAAAUGAAAUUGGAGAAUUUGAGGCUGUCGACAUCAA